AUGAAGGGCACUCCAGAAACACCUCAAUGUGGCUUCUCAAGAACGAGUAUACAGAUUCUGAGCUUGCAGGGACUGGACCCGCGGAAUUUCACUGCUUUUAAUGUGCUAGAAGACGAAGAUCUACGAUCAGGAAUCAAAGAAUAUUCAGAUUGGCCCACGAUCCCUCAACUAUACGUGAACAAAGACUUCGUUGGAGGCUGUGACAUUCUGAUGCAGAUGCAUAAAGACGGCUCGCUGGCCGAACUGCUGAGCAAGAACAAGCUGAUUGUGGAGGAGAGUGGUGACAUUGAGGGCGAAAAGGCGGAGGCGGUCAGAGAAACCACAGAACAAAGCACGGGAGCGAGAUCGAAGGAUGCUAAAGGAGAGAGCUCGUAA